AGUGCUCUGGAGGAGAAGCCCCUACAAUGCCUGUUUGUGUCCAGGACAUUGACACAUUUUAUCUUUCCCCAGAAUAAGAUUACUCUGUUGUUGUUUUUAAUAACUUUGUUUAUCUGUCCGUCCAAAUCACUUUUUAACCCACUUCCUGGUCUGGAGGAAAUGGAAACAAUGGCCACGGAGAUGACUGCCUGGGAGAUCAUAGAAGGACAACGGAAAAAGUUGCUGGUGAUCCUCCAGCAAGAUCCCGAUUCUGUCUUAGAUGCGUUGAUCUCUCGGAGUGUGAUUUCUGGGGAGGAGUAUGAGACUCUGGACAGAGUUACAGAUCCCCUGAAGAAAAGUCGGAAACUCUUAAUUUUGGUUCAGAAGAAGGGAGAGAUGUGCUGCCAGCGUUUCCUCAGAUGUUUAUUUAACACAUUUCCAGAGUCAGCUCCCUCUUGGGACUUAAAACUUGAGUUUUUACAGCAUAAGAAUAUAGCACCUCAGUGUAUUGGGAUAAACAAAAAUUCAGAAAAUACAAUUUCCUCUGAUAAGAAAGAGCCUGGGAAACCCAUGAUCACAGCAUUCUCCAGUGAGAAGCAACAGUCGUGUUUGGAGACCUCUGAGUUUUUCCCCGAGAAUGGGAAGGAAUGCCAGACACCAAAUGUCACAUUACCAUGUCCCGUUGGAAAAGCUGACUCUGAAGUUCCAGUGACUAUUACAUACUUAAGGGAUGGACAGAGAUAUGAGGAGCCAGACGAUUCUUUAUACUUAGGAGCAGAGGACUAUGAAGCAUCUGUUGGAUUUCCUGAAGACAUAGCCACCAGGAUGGAAGAGGGGGAUUGCAAUGAGGCAGAGCACAUUGUAUGUGGUGGUGAGGAAGAACCCGAGCAUUCAGAAGCUGUGAGGUCAUCUGAUGAAGACUACUAUGAUGAUUCAGAAACCAGUUUUUCGUUGGAGGAGGAGGAGAAAAUUCUGCAAGAAAAUAAAAAGGUGUUCAAAGAUGUCCUGUCCUCUUUGAACAUGGAUAGAAGCAGAAAGCUUCUGCCAGAUUUUGUGAAACAGUUCUCCUUAGAUCGAGGCAGUGGUUGGACACCUAAGACUCCGGCAGACUUGGUCUGGACUUUCCUGACGAAAGUGCAAGCUCUUGAUGUGACGGCCAGGGAUUCAGUCCUCAGGCACAAGAUUCCAGGUGAAGUCGGCAAAGAGGAAUUGCUGACUAGACUGGAAAAUCUGGAAAUGGAAGACACAGCAACCAUGAAUCCUCUCGAUGUCCUUUGUGCCAGCCUGCUGUGUGCAGACAGCUCUUUGCAGCGCCAAGUCAUGUCAAACAUGUAUCAGUGUCAGUUUGCCCUUCCCCUGCUUCUUCCAGAUUCAGAAAACAACAAAAGCAUCCUGAUGCUGGGGGCCAUGGAGGACGUUGUGGAGAGGCAGUCUACACAGUCCUCAGUAGGACCCACGGGGGCCAGGCAGGAGUCUCUUAGAGUUAUGAAGCUGCCUGUCGUCUCUUUUGUUCGCCUGGGACACUGUAGCUUCUCCAAGUCCAAAAUCCUCAACACACUGCUCAGCUCUGACCAGCUGAAACCACACAUACCCUUCCUCCAUCAAGAUGUGUCUGUUCCCGUACUUCCCAGGCAAAUCUCGGAUGGCCUGCUUGAGAUAACCUGGUGUUUUCCUGAUAACGAUCAUCUGAAGGAAGGCCUUAAUAUUUCCCAUAAGCCUUUUGCCGUGACCAACCUUCGUGGAGAUCUAGAACGCUUUUGGACACAGUUUAGUUUUGUGAUGGAAGUUUCUGCAGCUGUGUUUUUUUUCACCGACAGCCUGGGUGAGAAGCAAUGGGACUUGUUAAUGUUUUUAGGAGAAAUUGCCAUUGAAAGAUGCUAUUUUGUUCUCAGUCCCCAGGCCAGAGAGAGUGAAGAGGCUCAGAUGUUCCAAAGGAUGCUGAACUUGAAGUCGUCACAGCUAUUGUUUUGGGAGGGGGAGGAAUCAGGGGAUAGAAGAAAGAACAUGGAGGCCCUUCGAGCUGCCCUCCAGGAAGUGACGGCCUCCUCACUUAGAUGCGUGUCUGUGGAGGAGAUGGCCUCUCUGGCCAGGGAGUUGGGGAUUCAGGUCGACCAAGACUUGGAGACUGAACAAGGGAUUCAAGUGUCUCCUAGAGAAACUGAUCAAGGGAUUCAAGUGUCCCCUAGAGAAAAUAUAGCUAGAGCAGCUGAAGAUGAGGGACAACAAAAAUGUAAUCAGCUAAAAAGUUCAUCUGAAAGCCAAGCUCAGAUACCUUUGGGAAAAUCUGGGUCUAUACAUGAGGUCAGCCAGAACAUUCAAAAUGUGUCGUCUGCUCCAGUAUUUCCAUCUCAUCAGGAAAACUCUCCCUUACCAACCCCAGUGGGAGGUAACUUUAACUGUAUUUCCUUGAAAGCCCCACAGGUUAUGGGCUCCAAGUUGGGGUCAGAGCACAGGCCUAGGUGGUUUUGGCCCUUGAUCUUUCAGAGUAGAAGUGCUCAUAGAAGAGCUAAAAGUUUUGGUAUUAAAUCCUUCCAACCUCAGAAAUCUUAUUCAGGUGAAAAAUCCAUGAAAUUAUCAAGAACUCCAUGGGGACGUCACUUGAAUGGAACAUUUGGGAGACCACCAAAUUCCAUCUCUCAGUGUGCCUGGGCCCUGGGUGGGAAACCACGGAUCACAGGAGCUCCGAGGAAGCCUGGGGUCUCCCAGGCAGGGGACCCCCAUUCUACAGGCUCACCGUCAGCAGGAGCAGUAGGGAAACCACCGCCUGGGCGAGCAUGUGCCCCGGGAACACAGCCGAUGGGCACAUCAGCUCACAUCGCAUCUCCUCACCCUCAAUCCUGUAAGCCAGCAGGAGCCCUACAAAAACUGGCCAGGCCUACUUUUCUUCAAGGACCUCAGAGGAUGACACAGAAUAGGCCUUCAACUCCAGUUCUCCAGUCAGGAUCCCAUUCCAUACCCAGGAGUAAACUUUUACCCAGCUCUCAAUUCAAACCCCAUCAGCUCGUAUCAUCCCAGGUCAAACCCUUUCAGCCCAAACCCUUCCAACCUGUUCCCUCUCAAAUUAAGCCCCUUCAGUCCCAGUCUUCCCAAGCUAAACCCUUUCAUUCUACAGCCCAUUGGCUCCAGUCCUCCCAAGCCAAACCCUCUCCAUCCAAACCCCCACAGCCCAAGCCCUGUCAGUCCCAGCGUGCCCAAUCUAAGACUUCUCAACCCAGAUCCGUUCAACACAAGUCAUCCUGGAGCAGUCCUUCACAGGCCAAGGCAAACCAGACAAGAGCAGGUCCCAAGAGGAUGGGAAAGCAUUGAAGACAUUCCAUACAACUAGGAAAAGUGUUAAACCCAGGUGGUUCCUAUAUAAUAAUCGAAAGCAGAGUUGUGGUAAAGGCAAAAGAUUAAUGUUACUUGAAUGACACAAAAAGAUAAGCCAAGACAUUGUUAAAGGAAAACCAGGAAAAUAAUUAAGAUCAAACAAUAAGUAAAUCAGUUAAAUCUAGCCUUGUGUACUAGAUAAUACAUAAAUUGAAUCCAGAAAUGGAAGACAGGACAUAGCACCACUUGGGAAAGAAUGGAAUUAAGAAUCUCUUAUUGCAAAGUGACUAUAAAGAAAAGUUUGUCAUAAAAUGAUGGCUGCUCCAGUGCUUGCUCAAAAAUUUCUACCAUCCAGCAGGUACCCCUGCUUAGAUGGUUAGAAAACUCAGCUUGUUUGAUAAUCCCAAUUUGCUUGGUUGAUAAAACUCAUUUCACUAUUAUAGCCAUGAGUAGCAAGCAACAAAAGUAGUUAUUUUGCCUUAACUUUAAAAAUGGUUGCUAUAUGUUUCAUAUUUAUAAUAGUUAAGAAAAUUUGGCAUGAGAGGAUCUGAUAUAUUAUUAAUGUCUUUUUAUAGUUACAUAAGGAACAUAAUGAGUACAUUUUAUUAAAAAUAUAUCAUUUGCUGCUUAAUUUUAGAUUUAAAAUUAAAUGAAAAAGGAUGAUUUUACAAAGUUUAUAGAAAGUAUUGUAAUGUUUGAAAGAAUUUGCAUCAUAGAAUUUAUAAUUUUAUUAAAUGCAUAUUCUAAAUAUGUAGAAUGCUAGUAGCAUUAUGUAGAAAGAUAUCCAAUUCAAAAUGAUGAAGUGAAGCUUAACUACAUUUUGUUUUGUUUUGUUUUGGUCAGUUUUUGGGCUUGAACUCAAGGC